AUGAUUAACAAUACACCAAAUACUACUACAAAGGAAAACACCAUCUACAUCAUUAGCAAAACAGACAUCUCUUCUGACGACACUAUGGAGAUCAUGGGUAAAAUUAGAGAUUCAGCAAUGACUCAGAUUCCCAAAGUUCCAAGAACCAAACCAAACGUGAUGAUUGUCACCACUCACGCUCAUGAGUACGAAGAAACCUUAAACUCUCUCUAUAAGUAUGGAAUUAGUACUGGAACCUUUAUCGCAUCACCAAGUACAAUGCCUCAAGGAGAAACAUUCUCUAAAAUUGAAUGCAAAAGCCCAAACAAAGCCUAUAUUCAAGAGAAAAUUGGAAUGCUUAUCCAGAUUUUGAAGUCCCAAAAAGUCAAGAAUAUUUACACCAAUCUCUAUGUCAGCAAUGACACAUUUACUCUCAUUGUUGGUCAUACAGAUAGUAAUGUGAUUACUACUAUUGUCAACAAGAGCAAGGGAGUAUUUGUUGAAAUCCCCAAACCUUUCAUUACAAGAAGCAGUGAGGAAUUUCAUAAAAGUGGUAUAUGUUGUUUCCCAGAACAAACAUCACCCAAUGACAUUAAGGAAGCAAUCAAGAAAUCUCUUGAAAUCUCUCAAGUAGACUUUGACGAGAACAAACUCAACAUUACAAAACUUAAAUCAAAUUACUCCUCCGGUGGUUAUUAUUACAAAGCCAUCUAUAUUUGCAACGACCAAGAGGACUUGAAGAAACUAUGUAACCAAUUGAUCACCAUGAAGACCAAUACCACUCCUUCAGCAGCCAGUUAUCUAAUCAUCAAAAGAUUCAAACCAUUAGCAGAACAGAACAACUCUUCAACUCCUAUCAAACAUUCUCAAGGAAAUAAUCAAGAACUUGGAUCUGCCAAAUACGUAGAAAACAAACUUGAACAACACGAUCAAAAACUGCAUGAUAUGAAAACUUCUAUGGAAUCAAUUCAGAAAGACAUGAUUGAAGUGAAACAAAUUCUAUCUAAACUACCAGAGUUAAUUCAACAAACAGUAUCCUUAUACGUAUCAAAAGAAAACGAUAAAAGAAAAUCAACAAAUCUCUCUCCAAGAGACGGUGCUGGGAAGAAAGCAAAAAGAACCGUAGAGGUUGAUAUGUUUGAUGAUGAAUUCUAA